AUGGUGACUAUACCUCGAUGGAGAUACCAUGCAGAAUUGCGUGAGUAUAACACUGAUAACCCUAAGAUCAUCAUUUGCAAGAAAGCCGGGUUUAGCCACGGCAGAAUCGCCAAGGGUUAUGACGGAGUUUAUGAGGUUUUGUGUGAAAAUUUUGACCCGUAUAUGUCGUGGAAGAUCGAAACGCUAGGAUCGAUUGUGUUGUAUGAAUACACCCUCUAUACCAACUUGAUUGCACCGCCAUUGAGUAAAGAAACAGACGACCCUGCUGGUUUCUGGGGCUCGAGCCUAUGA